AUGUCUCGUGAUGAAACCUCCUCCUCUGAUGUCUCCGGAAGUGAUAAUGGACAGGAAAGACCGGAUUCAUACCCUUUCCCAUUGAAGAACACACCAGCAGACGAGGUUGAAAUCGAGUCAAAGAGAAGAGGAAAAAGCAUUUAUCAGAACUAUGAAAUCCUUGGAAGAAUCCUGGAGCGGCAUGAAGAGACCAUACAGAAGCGAUGGCUCAAGAAAAACAGAAAGCAACGGCUCGAGGUCCUUCUCACUGCAUGGCCAGACAUGCCACCGACCCACCGGCCUUUUUAUGACCUUUGGCGACAUGUAGACACGGAUCCUGAGGUCAAGGUCAAGCAACAUAGUUCCAUCUUGUGGCCUUAUAUCAAUAAGGAGUCCCUUGGCAAGCCCACGCCGUUCCUCUUACUUCUCAAUUCUAGAGGCCGUCACCCGCCUCCCUUGUUCCUCGAUAAGGAUCACCAAUACUUCCACAAAGCAAUACAGACCGGAAUGGUAGUGAAAAAGCCGUACCCUACAGAAGACAUGAGUAUUCUCCUCCGCGGCGUUCCCGAAGACGAUUAUGGGAUCGUGAAGAAAUUCCCAGAAGCUGCCCCGGGAGUUUGGCUUCAUUUGUCAAAUAAGGACUAUGCCUGGCCAACAUCUACCCUCUAUGGCAAGGAGUGGCCGGUGUGGCAGUAUUCUACCGCAUCGGGCAUAGUGAUUCUAGAGAUACAAGAGCGCUUGAUGGACUUCCUUGUCAAGUGCUGCUAUCGAAUCCUGCACGAAAUUGAGCCGCACAACUUAUUCAGUGAUAUUUAUCCUGUUCAGCCCGAACCCGAGCUUCCUUCGACUACGCAGACUGAAGGAUUACAGACCUCCCUUCUCGAGAUUACCUUUGAAGCACCUUACCGUGUGCCGACUCGGCUCAACUUUGCCAAUCUUGAAAAGCUAUUUGCGGCUAGGGCCGCCGCUGCAGAGGAUCACGUAUGGGCGAUGCGCGAGGAUCCCAAUUACUUUGCCGAACAAAUCAGUGACAUGUACGAUCAUGUGCUACUCAUCGGCGAUACGAGAGAACAUAAAAGCAAAUGGGGAGCAGCCAUUGGUGAGGUUCUGGCUAACGCAUACACAAUGAUUGAGGUUUUCACUGGAGCUCAUCGAAUUACUAAACGCCUGUGUCAACUGCAAGAAAAAUAUGCGAGUGUUGUAACCCCUACCGAGAAACUGCCCGAUGAAUACAACAAUCAGAUUCGCCAUUUCCUUUCUUUCGUACUUACUAUGAGAGAGGUUAUUUUUCUGCCGAAGCUCGAGCUCUUGGUCAAGCGUUCCCCCCUGUUCCGAGCUGCUAUGAACCUUUGGCGCUUUCGCCCUGAGGACAGGGAUAGGCCUCUGACAUAUAACGAGCAAUUUUGGCUCAAAUGGGUCGUCGGGCAUCUAUAUGAUUCGAGGGGCAUGCUUGAUGACGAGAAUGACGUGGUUCCUGAUAUCUUUGCAAUGAAUAUGGUCGUGGAUGAUCUGGAACUACAGAUGGAAAGGGAUAAGACAAUUCGCGACUUGCUAUCACCAACUGCCCAUGCCAUGAUGGGUGACUUCACUAUAAUCAUCCAGACUUUGCAUGCGCUCGAGCGUUUCGAACCGUGGAAUCGAGGUUUCGGUGGUGAGGCUGACGAUGAUUCUAUGGACUGGUCGACAGAUUCUAUCAGAGCCAGGCUUAGCAUUUUGGAACAAAUUCACGAAGCUUUUGAAAGCACUCCCGCGCCCGCUCUUCUCCCGUUUGUCGAAAAUAAGCUGGGGAAGUUUACAUAUCCGGAACACCGACGCAGGAACAAGGAGAACGUCGAGAUGAUGCGGCGAGCGGAGUCCAAUCUAGAUGCAUUCUGGACCAGAGCAGACCGGUAUCUCUACGAUCGGACAAAGAACAUGAAUGAAAGUAUCCUGAUGGGACUCCUAAAAAGUCCCCGUGUUUUGCAGAGGACACCUGAAUGGGCUGAGCCCACGAAGGAGAAGAGACAAGUCCUUGACAUUGAGCAACCCUUGUCGACUUUUUUCUUUGGGCUGUUCAUUGACGAUCGAGACACUAAGGCAUCAGGUCGUCUUUCAGCGAAGCCAGCCAAGACGAAACUCAAGACAAGAGGAACUACGACUAAAUCAACGGAGACCGAUGAAGCUCCAGCUGAAGCGAUGGCCGAAGUCGCACUCGAAGAUCCGAAGCCGGUAUUCAAGGUCGACCGACGAGCACUUAAGACAUUCCGCAUUCUCUUUUACGAUCCAGAUGUCACUUCUACCCCCGGUGAAGUUCCAUGGAACGACUUUUUGCAUGCGUUGACUUCAGUUGGGCUUGCUGCCGAGAAGCUAUACGGGUCUGUUUGGCAAUUCUCACCAUAUACUCUGGAAGCCAAUGGGAGUAUUCACUUUCACGAACCUCACCCACAUAAUAAAGUACCCUUUGUCAUUGCUAGACGCCAUGGGCGGAGACUUUACCGAACUUAUGGGCGGACUGGGGAGCAGUUUGUCCUUGAUAAGUAA